AUGUUCGACGCAUUCUGUUGCUUUUAUAUAUGUUGGCGUAUUCUUUUGCUGAAGGCCGCAGCAAUUUAUUGUAAAAAAAAACGAUUAACCACACUUAUAUCGAAAGACUGUGAGCUGAUUUCGUCGGAUGGCUUCAUUGUAGCCGGCGCAAAUGCCCAGCAACAUCUCUCAACAGCCGAUCCAUUACUGUUCAAUUAUCUGAUCAGGAAAUCAGUCAUUCAGAAAACAGUUCGACGUGACAAUCAAGCACAGUGCUCGCCGUCGCAAUUUUAUUUAUUUUCACCCAGUGCAGCGCCAACAAAACUCAAUCUUUUGUCCAUCUUCCUGUUACGACUUACAAAAUUGCUCACCACUGCUUUCUGGUACGCGAUCUCACAGCACACUUUUUAA